ACCGCUGCCACUUUUUUUUUUCCCAGUGGGGCCACGUGGCUCGCUUCACAGUCGUUCGCGUGCGCUUUGAUCCAGCAAGUGCACCUGUCUUCGCAACUGUCACCGAAACCUGUUGGCCAGAGAUACGUCGUUUGGCGCAUCAGGAGGACAGAGCAAGGCCCGCUGCCCGGCUGCCGUUUUGGGUUGUCGGACGAGUUCUAUUUGGAGGGGUUGCAUGAGAUUGGUCGUGGACCCCAAAAGCGGUUUUGAAGCAUAUGGUGGUCGAGCGAUACCUUUGCCAUGAGUGGCAAUGGAGAACGGCUGUCGGAUGCGUGCGAUGCAUCAGAUCCACAAGCGGCGCUACAGCUGUUGAGCAGUUGGGACCAACAACGCAUCCGAGAUGCUGCUGAAUACAAAGCUGAGAAUGGCGUCACACCACUGCACUACGCCUGCGAAAACGGUCAUGCCAAGGUGGCGGAGAUGCUGUUGAAGCACGGUGUUGAUGCUGAAGCCAAGAACAUGCGUGGCGAUACACCACUGCACAAUGCCUGCCUCUACGGCCAUGUCAAGCUGGUGGAGAUGCUGUUGAAGCACGGUGGUGAUGUUGAAGCCAGGAACAAGGAUGACUGGACACCACUGCACGAGGCCUGCGGUAACGGUCAUGUCAAGGUGGUGGAGAUGUUGUUGAAGCACGGUGCUGAUGCUGACGCCAAGAACAAGGUCAGUACAGUACCUUCCUCUUCUCCCCCUUUACCCCCCUAUGAUGGUGCACCUGUACCCCAUGAUGAUGAUGCUGAUGAUGAUGAUGAUGAUGAUGAUGAUGAUGCUGUACCUGAUGGCUGGACACCACUGCACAAGGCCUGCUUUAACGGUCAUGACAAGGUGGCGGAGAUGCUGUUGAAGCACGGCGCUGAAACUGAAGCCAAGAACAGCGUGAUCACAGAGCUACUGGGCGCAACCCGUUCUCCUUGCUCCUACCAAACUUCCAAUCCCGAUGGCCGCUCAAACGGCCACCGCUCAAGCUGCACCUACAAAUUGAAAUAUGUGAAGCUUGUGGUUGCUUUGUCGAUCGCUAUGCAAACAGAGAAUGAAGUCAAUGACCAGGGCGGGCUUUGCCAGAUGUCUGAAGCAGAACAGUCCAACAAGCACCGAAAAAGAGCGAAAAACAGUCCUGUCUUUAUUCGCCAUGACAUCGACUGA